AUGGAUCCAAAACACCCCCUAGAACCCGAAGAGCGCCAGAACCUAAGUAGAGAAGUACCAUACAUCAGAAAAGCCAUCCUGCGUAUAGAAUAUGAUCACCUACUCACUACCAACACGCCCCAGUACCUUAAGAUCCGAGUGCUGCCCCUUGACUUAGGAGGCGAUAAGGCUCUUAGGCCUAAGUUCUUUACACCAUAUUUCCUCGAAAGCUUCAGAGAGCCCACAGACAAAGUCAUGGGAGACACCUAUACCGUUGGUGGUACAAGUGAUUACGGUGCCUCAAACAGCAUGCUUACUCUAUCUGGUUGUUAA